AUGGGCGACGUCGGCCGAGGCUUCAGGCCCAUUGCACCUCGGACGCUACCUCCAGGAGGCGGAGAAGGAAGCCAGUCGCCACUGGGGAAUAGCGGCGGAGGACCACCGGAGGAUGGCCGUAUGAAGAGAGCUUCAACGGCAUGUAAAGAGUGUCAGAAGCGUCGAACCAGGUGCACCGGACCGCCAAUUUGCUCAGAAUGUAACCAACACAAUAGAGAAUGUACCUUUGACGAACAAGCCGACAGGCGGCGCAAGGCCAAUGCCCGGCGCACCCAGGAAGAAUUAUCGAUCUUGACCCUUUUCACGGAUCAGCUUCUGAAGGUGAUUCGGGAAUACGACGGGGCUACUAUUCAGCGCAUUAUCGACAAAAUCCGCAGCUCUUCGCGACGAGAGGACAUCCAAGCCGAACUGGAGAUGAUUUUGAAUGGGCCACCUCAAGAUUUUUCGCAACCUUCGAUGGCGCAGCCUUCCUUUCACCCGCCUCUACAUGCGCCGCCGCAGCAACAUGCGCAUCAACAUCACCAUCACCACCCGCACCCGCAUCCACAUCCGCAUCAUCCUCACCAGCAACAUGCACCUUCUCUCGCAGCCCCCAGCCAUAUUUCGCCCGAAUUUCCGCCGCACAACCCCAACCCGUACUUUGAUCCGCGAUAG